GUGCGUAGCUCGAGAUCGACGGAUCGCCGUCCAUGGCGGCGGCGGGCACCGCCCCCGCGGCUGCCGCGGCCGCGCCCGCGGAGCCCUCCAGGGAGGAGUGGCUCGCGCGCUUCCCGCUGCGGGUAGAGGGCGGCAAGGUCGUGGACGCGCACGGGCAGCGCUUUCGCCUGAAGGGCGUCAACUGGUACGGCGGCUCCGACGUUCAGCACGUCGUGGGGGGUCUGCACUGCCGGCGACUCGCGGAUCUGGCCCAGGGCGUGAGGGACAUGGGUUUCACGGUGGUGCGGCUGCCGUUCUCCAACCAGAUGAUGCGGCCUGGCGUCGAGCCUGGAGAGGGCUCCAUCGACUUCGCCCUGAACCCCGAGCUGAGGGGCCUGGGGCCGCUGGAGGUGUUCGACGCGGUCGUGCACGCGCUGGGGGCCUGCCAGGUCGCGGUGGUCCCCAACAACCACUGCUCCUUCAGCGCCUGGGGCGGCGAGCCCGACGCCAACGGCCUGUGGUUCUGCGACAAGCCGUGCGGCGACCCGCCGGUGACCUACUCCGAGGGCCAGUUCUUCGAGGACUGGCGCGCCAUGGCCCGGCGGUACCGGGGCGUGCCCUGGGUCAUCGGCUACGACCUCCGCAACGAGGUGCGGCCCGUGCCCGGCAUGCCGACCAGGUGGCCCCUGUGGCGCGAGGACCGGGCCGCGCCGGCGGGGCUGCCCGCGUGCGCGGGCGCACUGCUCGCGUGCGCGGGUGGGCUGCUCGCCUUCCAGGGGGCGUGCGCGGCCGGGCUGCUCGGCGGGGGCGCGCUGGCCGCGUGCGGGUGCGGGCUGCUGCUCUGCAAGGCC